CCGUCUGGAAGAAGGAGCUGACCCCAGGUGGCGUACCCAUAGUGCCUUGCUUCGGCUUUGGCAUCGGCUGGUUCGCCUAUCUCAUCAAGGGAUAUGAUCCCAGAGGAGUAAGAUUGUACCUUCUUGUGGACCUGUUCACACCCUCGGCCACAUAGACAGGAAUCUAGAAUGUAUUCCAUGAUCUAUAACACAGAGGCGUAGUCAAGGGGUUGGGGGCAGAUGUCCCUGGGCGCCAGACCAGUUAGGGGCUCCAAAAUGUGCUUUGAUUGUAUUUCAUUGAAGAAAAUAAUUGGGUUCGUGAGUAGAUAAAAAAAAAGAAAGGGAGGCUCUUUAAAACGAAUCUCGUCCCCAGGCGUCAAACACUCUAGCUACGCCUCUGCUAUAACGAGCAAAAUUUGUUUGUUUAAGGGGGAACAGUAAAGAAGAUAUGUAAUUUAUUUAUUUAUUUAUUUUUUUAAAAACAUCGUUAAUAGCCCGUGGGCUUAGGCCAUUUAGUUAUUCCCGACGAAGUCCAAUCCCACACAUGACGCUUUUCAAGUCAAAUUUCAAAUCAUCUCCUUUGAAAAGGGGCGCUGCUGUUUAAACCUUCAUAGAUUCUCUAUGAAGGGCGUCGGCUUUUUUUUAAUAUGUGUGUGUGAGGUGGAGCAUGUGAGGAAAUGAUACAUAUAUUUAGCUAUUAAUUAAAUAUAGAUUAUAAAAUAUUUAUUUAUAUUAACUAUAACUUAAUAUAAAUACAUUAAAAAUAGUGUAAAGAAAAGGGGGUGGGGGUGGCGACUGUGUAUGUGUGUGUCAAAAUAUUUUUAAAAAAUAAAAUGAGCGAUCGCCUAAACCGUAAUGCCUAUACAAUGACACGUGACAGGUAGUUGGAAAAUUCAUUGGUUGAUAGUGAACAUGUUGAUGAUGUUGAUGAUGUUGAUUUAAUGUCAUUGGUGGAUGGUCCCGAGGCCUUUAAAAUUUAUAUAGGGGCCUAAUGUCUGAAACCCUCCAAACGUAUGUAGCCAACUACGUCAAUGGCAUGUCAUGUCGUGUGAGUGCUAGCCUCCGACCCCAUCACUAACAUGUCAUGUCUCGUGUAUGUGCUAGCCUCCGACCCCAUCACUGAAAUGUCAUGCCUCGUGUAUGUGCUAGCCUCCGACCCCAUCACUGACAUGUCAUGUCGUGUAUGUACUAACCUUCGACCCUGCCAAAUGACAUGUCAUGUGCUGUAAGUGCUAGGACAUGUCAUGUCGUGUAUGUGCUAGCCUUUGACCCUGCCAAUGACAUGUCAUGUGGUGUAAGUGCUAGAACAUGUCAUGUCGUGUAUGUACUAGCCUUCGUCCCUGCCAAUGACAUGUCAUGUGGUGUAAGUGCUAGGACAUGUCAGUCGUGUAUGUGCUAGCCUUCGACCCUGCCAAUGACAUGUCAUGUGGUGUAAGUGUUAGGACAUGUCAUGUCGUGUAUGUACUAGCCUUAACCUUAACAUCUCUCUACUACUGAGAGUGGUAGACAUUAUUGUUAAUGGCACUCGGAGGACCCCAAAAAUAAUUAUAAAUGACUGAAAUGUAAAGAUCAGAUAGACUUAAAGGUUGUUGGCAGGCAGAAUGAAUUAAAUAUCACACUUUGGAACUAUUUUACUGACAUCUGAUCUACGGUAUAAUACUCUUUUAAUACAAAGAUGUAUCUUCUUCUUCUAUGAAUUUUCAACUCCGAGUAGAGCACAGACAAAGUCUUGCAACUCCAGUGGGGCAUUAGCCUCACUAAAAUUUCUUGCCAAACCUUCCGGUCUCUAGCGUUCUUCACUGUCUCCACUCUAUAUUACAUCGUUGGCUAAAAUGGUCCAAUCACAAAUAAUAAAACAUUGCAUUACUUGAAUGUAUGUUUUCUCAAAUAGCUUUGGUUGAGAUGACAGGUUGGCGUACUGCAACCGCCAUUGUUUGGCACGUUAUUUUAGUUAAGGCAGAAUAAAGUAACUGACCAAUCAUCUGUCUCUGGGUUCAGUGAGAAUAAAGUAGCUGACCAAUCAUCUGUCUCUGGUUUCAGUGAGACUAAAAUAUCUGACCAGCCAUAUCUCUUAUUUUUGUGAGAAUAAAGUAGCUGACCAAUCAUAUCUCUGGUUUCAGUGAGAAUAAAGUAGCUGACCAAUCAUCUGUCUCUGGUUUCAGUGAGACUUAAAUAUUUGACCAGCCAUAUCUCUUAUUUUUGUGAGAAUGAAGUAGCUGACCAAUCAUAUCUCUUGUUUCAGUGAGAAUAAAGUAGCUGACCAAUCAUCUGUCUCUGGGUUCAGUGAGACUAAAGUAGCUGAACCAAUCAUCUGUCUCUGUGUUCAGUGAGAAUAAAGUAGCUGAACCAAUCAUCUGUCUCUGGAUUAAGUGAGAAUAAAGUAACUGACCAAUCAUCUGUCUCUGGGUUCAGUGAGAAUAAAGUAACUGACCAAUCAUCUGUCUCUGGUGUCAGUGAGACUAAAAUAGCUGACCAACCAUAUCUCUUAUUUUAGUGAGAAUAAAGUAGCUGACUAGUCAUAUCUCUUGUUUCAGUGAGAGUAAAGUUUCUGGCCAAUCACCUGUCUCUGGUUUCAGUGAGAAUAAAGUAACUGACCAAUCAUCUGUCUCUGGUUUCAGUGAGAAUAAAGUAGCUGACCAAUCAUAUCUCUUAUUUUAGUGAGAAUAAAGUAGCUGACCAAUCAUAUCUCUUGUUUUAGUGAGAGUAAAGUUGCUGACCAAUCACCUGUCUCUUGUUUCAGUGAGAAUAAAGUAACUGACCAAUCAUAUGUCUCUGGUUUCAGUGAGAAUAAAGUAGCUGACCAAUCAUCUGUCUCUGGUUUCAGUGAGAAUAAAGUAGCUGACCAAUCAUCUGUCUCUGGUUUCAGUGAGAAUAAAGUAACUGACCAAUCAUCUGUCUCUGGUUUCAGUGAGAAUAAAGUAGCUGACCAAUCAUAUCUCUUGUUUCAGUGAGAAUAAAGUAGCUGACUAAUCAUCUGUCUCUGGUUCAGUGAGAAUAAAGUAGCUGACCAAUCAUCUGUCUCUGGUUUCAGUGAGAAUAAAGUAGCUGACCAAUCAUAUCUCUUGUUUCAGUGAGAAUAAAGUAGCUGACCAAUCAUAUCUCUUGUUUCAGUGAGAAUAAAGUAGCUGACCAAUCAUAUCUCCUGUUUCAGUGAGAAUAAAGUAGCUGACUAAUCAUAUCUCUUGUUUCAGGUCCCACAUUUUAACCCUCUUCAUCCCAUGUUCCGUAAGCACGUGAUCAACUGCACCGUCUCCCUCGUGCACCUGACCAUGUGGGUGAUGUGCCUGGCCCGGCUUCAGGAGGCGUUCGGCCUCGGCACCGUCAUCUACCACUGGGGCGUCCCGACGUUCAUCUUCGCCAGCUACAUGGUGGUCAUCACGUUCUUGCAGCACACCGAGGAGAACAUCCCGUGGUACAGCAACGACACGUGGGAGUUUGUGCGCGGUCAGCUCUCUACCAUCGACCGCUCCUACGGAUGGUCAAAUUUCUUUAUACACAGGUACGCUUGGCGCGUCUAUUAAAUAAUGUGUACUUAUUGUGUAGACCGGUGGUUCGCAAUUUUUUUUUCGUGACAUGGGGUAUCCGUUUUUUUUUUUUUCUUUCGGCGACCCGAAAAUUUGCUCUCGUGUGGCUGAGCGGCUGAGCAGCUGGGUGGCUGAGUGGCUGGGCGGCUGGGCUGCAGGGAAUACAGGACAACAGCUCUACAGGAAAAUACUGGAUCACCCCCUCCGCAUCUCGCACCCUUUCCUACUCCACUGUGUAGGACAGAGUCCAGGCAGCAAUACAAGGCUGUAAAUUAUUAGAAGUCCCUUUUUAAGAGUGAACACCUACAAUGAAAAACAUUCGCCACUGCUCGAGCGGAUGGAUUUAUUUUUGUCAUGACAAGCCCGAUCAAUCUUUUUUUGUUUGUUUUUGCUUCUUUCAGUGUCAACACGCACCAGAUUCACCACUUGUUUCCCAAGAUACCCCACUACCAUCUGCUGGAGGCGACGCUGGCGUUCCGCAAGUCUUUCCCAGACCUGGUCAACAUAUGUGACGAGUCCAUCCUUCCGGCAUUUUUAAGAAUGUUCAAGAAAUAUCUCAAGCAGAACGUGCUGGAGGAUAAGCCUAAAGUUUUCAUAUACCAAUAAUGUAGCCACGUGACGCAGUUAGUUGUUGGGUGCCGUUGUUGGAAG